AUGGCUAGGAAAUGGCAGAAACAGACCACAAACCAAAGGAAGAAAAUCCUAUGGCUAAAGACUCAAGAAAAUGCAAAAAAACAAGAAGAUCACAGGGUGUGGGGAAAGGCAGAGAAGGGUCACUUUGUCGUAUACAGCACAGAUGAGAGGCGCUUUGUGCUUCCAUUACUGUAUUUGAAAAAAAAUAUCUUCAGAGAGCUCUUCAAGUUGGCAGAAGAAGAGUUCGGUCUGCGUAGCAACGUGCCCUUAACGUUGCCUUGUGAAGCCGCUGUAAUAGAGUACGUAAUAACGUUGACCCAGAGAGACGUAGCUAAGGAUUUGGAGGAAGCUGUGUUAAUGUCCAUAACUCGUCGAUGCCAAUCAUAUUUGGAUCUUCAUCAUCCACCAAAUCAAAUUUUGCUAUGCAGCUACUAA